GUAACUACAACAGUAGCUAAGCUUUCUUUUUCUAUAGUCACGUCAAUACUUAAAAGUAUUUUGAACUGGAUUAAAUCUGAAGGGAGAGGAAAUUCUGAUAGAAACAUGGAGAAGAAUAAAGGAUACCUUACUAAUUGUCCUGCAGUACGGAUACCUAGACCGACAGUUAGCAGAAAUGGUUACACAGAUCACAGCAGAAGGCGAAACACACUCCCCUCCUUAUUUAGCACUGACUCUGAUCCAUUAGUGAUGGACACUGUUACUUUAAAUCAGUCCCUUCAGCACAUCCCUCAAAUGAACAAGAAUUCUAUGGACUCGCUUGAUAAUCUCUCCAUGGAUGACUUCUGGUCAGAGGUAGAAAACAUCAAGCAGAGCAGUGACUCAGAACAAGAUGAUAGUAUGGAAAUCAAAACCCCUGAUGAAGAGGAAGCUGAGGUGGAAUGGUUGCAAGAUGCUGGCUUUUCCAACUUCAUGUCUGCGAAAACAGAUGACACUGAAGAUAUGGCCCUGUUGUCUACAUUAACAAAGACACAGGCAGCAGCAGUCCAACGCAGGUUGGAUACUUACACCCGCUCCUUGAGGAAAAGGAACAAGCAGCCAGUACGUGAUGUCCGGGACAUCUUUCGAUCGGACAAUUCAACAAAAAGGCUACAAGACACUGAACAGUCUGUCAGUGAUCAACACUCACAUGAACAAUGGUGGAACAGUGAGAGACCUCCUAGGAGACAUGAUUCAUCACACAAGAGAAGGGUAUCGGACAAGGAAGAAACAUUUAAUACUGAGAUUGCAUACUCAGAACAAGCGACAGUUUUACAGAAAACGAGGCCAGCCUUCCGUGAGAGCAGGAAGCACAGGGAAGAUGGAAUGCUUCCUAAAUUUAGAAUUCACAAGGGUCGUUUGGGAAUUAUCCGAAUAAAUGACCUCUCCCCCAGGGAUAUGAAGAAGAUUAAUCAGUUAGCAUUGAUUGAGUUAACAGCCCUUUGGGAUAUACUAGAACUGGAUCUGAAGAGAAAAAAAGCUGUUAAAAGAAAAAUGCGUGAGGAUGGAGUGUUCGGAGUACCCCUCACCACAUUACUUGAGUAUGAUCAGAAGAUUGCUCCAGGUACUAAAGUACCACUGGUACUUCUCGAGCUUAUUUCCUGUUUGGAAAAGAAGGGUCUUACCCAAGAAGGCAUUCUCAGAGUACCAGGAUCCCAUUCCCGCAUAAAGAUCCUUCAAGAGAGUCUUGAAAGUAACUUUUAUGCAGGAACAUUCAUCUGGGAUGAAGUCAAUCAAAAUGAUGCUGCUGGGUUGUUAAAGAGGUUUAUUCGAGAACUUCCGACUCCAUUACUAACAGCAGAGUACCUGUCAGCAUUCACAUCACUAAAAGAUAUACCAGAUCUGAAGCAAAGACUGCAAGCAUUGAACCUGCUUCUGCUGAUUCUCCCAGAAACAAACAGGAAUACCUUAAAGGUUUUGUUGGAAUUUCUUAGCAAAGUUGUGUCAAUGGAAAAGGAGAACAGGAUGAAUUUAUGGAAUGUGUCUACGAUCAUGGCUCCUAACCUCUUCAUACAUAAAGGAGUUUCCAAUAAAAUUCCUGAAGGAACAGAGAAGCAGCUGGCAGAGAGCGCUGCAGAUGUUGUUCGGAUGCUCAUUCACUAUCAGAAUCAGCUCUGGAUUAUUCCUUCAUUUCUGAUGGCUCAGAUCAGAAAGGUGAAUGACAGUAGCAGCAAAAAACAUGCGUUUUAUGACAAGAGGAUCAGAAACUUGCUGAAAAGAAACCCUGUGGAUAAGGAGAAGGUGGAAGUCAGCCAGCCUUGCAAAACUAUAACAAUUCAGACAUCUAUGCUGUUAAAUCAACCAAUGGAAAUCCGUCUAGAUAAUGAAAUACAAGCUGCACAUGUGCUGUCCAAGUUUAAGAAAAGCUGCAUUCAGAAGUGGAACAUGGUGUAUACAGCCAGCAAGACUAAACGGAAUGGGUCCCUAGAGUCAUUGAACCUGGUUUUGUGUGAAAUUGGUGGCAAUAUAAAUGAGUGCAUCCUUGAUCCUAAUACAUACUUACUGGACUUGUACAGCGUUAACCCAAAUGCAGACUGGGUCAUUAAAGAAGUAACUCAUUCAUUAUUACCUGCCCGAUAGGCAGCCUGGCUAUGACGUAUCUGCUGAACAAGUGGAACGAUGUAAAGGAAAGUAACGGUGGGCUCUUUGAACAAGCGCGAAUGAAGGCAAACAUGGCGGCAAUUAUUGUUAAAAAGAAAGGCGCUUUAUUGUUGCUUCAUGAUAUCUGAAAUGAGGCUAUGAUCAGGAACGUAAGGAUGCCAUAGAUCCAUAGAAAUCUUUCCAAUGGAAAGUGACUUGUAUAAACCUCAGCAUUACUAAACAGGCUGAAUACCUUCUGGGAAGGCUGAGUCUGACUGCGAACUGUGAACAGGAAUGCAGAGGUCAUCCAGUCUGGGAAGGCUGGGUCUGAGUGUGAACUGUGAACAGGAAUGUAGAGGUCAUCCAGUGCCAAGUACACUUUUAUUGACAUUAGCUGUAACCCCAGUGUAUCACGGAAGUGCUUCAGCUAAUGCAGACCAGACGUGCACAAAACAUUUAAUUAGCGGCAGAAAACUCAUUUUCAAGUGACAUACUUGCCCAAUGCGGUGUUUAUGAAUUAUUGACAAAACUAAGAGAAGGAAGAGAAGUCUGAUAAUAGUUCUUCUCUUAUUAUUUCUGACUCAUAUUUUAUUUACAAAAAUGUCAAAUAUCGUGCUGUUUAGUUUUAUAAAAGCAGUGGUUUUACUGAAUUUCAAUUUCCCAAACAUGGCACAACUGAAAGUCCACCUUAAAAUGGAUAGAUCCUUGUGCACAUGUGGAAGUCAGUUUAACCAAACUAAUAUGGGGAGCACUAAAACACUUACAGUUUAAUAAAUUACAAUAAAAUGUGAAGAUAUUCCCAGAAUGCUUACUAUACUUUGGAAAUCUGUCUU